AUGAUGAAUGCAGAUGCGCAGCUUGAAGACCUCUUGCAAGCCAAUGGAGAGAGCCAUCUCUAUGACCAAAUCAUCCAACUUGGCCACCCGCCCGUAACAAUCUGGUGGCAAGCCAUUGACGGAUUCAUUCGAGCGAUCGAAACUGCUCGAGCUGAAGCAGAGGCACCAGGAGGAGAGACGUUGCCACCUGACCCACUAGAUUUGCCUGUUGUGGUGACGGUGCAGAAGUUCAAGGAAGCUGUGCUUGACUAUAUCAAGCCCCAUGACAACGCACACCCGUUGGGCACAUCGUGUCUGUUGUGUUCCCUGCCGGAGACGGUAACGGUGGGCUACAAACUGUGUGCUCUCGACAACGACCCCUGGGUUAUCCGCAUUACUGCGGUUCACGAGCCAAACAUGCUGCCGAUCGCGAGUGUGUUCAUGCCACGUGGUCUCCGAGCGAGGGCACUUGACCAAGUGACACCACGGCUCAAGCCUCAUCUUCGGACUAGUUUGUGGGGCUAG